GGGAGGGAGGGGACACGGGAGGUGGGCCGGGCGAGGAGCUAGCAGGGUGCAGCCCCACGGCACAGGGCGUCCCAGUCUCGCCGCUGCCAGUCCCGUCCCGGCUGCGGGAAGGACACUCCUCCCCCCCCGUCCCGGCCCGUCGCUGCCUCCCGCCGGCCUCGCCGCUCGCUUUUCUCCCGCCCCGGUUCCCGGUGUCCCGUCCCCCCCGCAGGGAUGCUGGCGGCGGGGCUGGCGCUGGCGCUCGCCGCCCUGCAGCUCUGCCCGGCCGCGCUCGGCGGCGCGCAGCCGCCGCUGCUGGUGGAGCGGAGCGGUUCCCGCAGGCUGAGCAAGGUCGGUGGCUUUGCCUGGGAGGACUGCGGUGACGGGAAGGACCCCGUGGUGCUGAAGAGCCUCUCCGUGGUGCCGGACCCCAUCAGCAUCCCGGGGAGCCUGCGCGUCAGCGCGGCCGUCAGCAGCAGCAAGGCCAUGGCUUCCCCUCUGAAGGCGGUGCUGGUGGUGGAGAAGGCGCUGGGCGACCUCUGGAUCCAGCUGCCCUGCAUCGACCAGCUGGGCAGCUGCACCUACAACGACGUCUGCACCAUCCUUGACGACCUCAUCCCACCCGGCACGACCUGCCCGGAGCCUCUGCUCACCUACGGCAUCCCCUGCCACUGCCCCUUCAAAGCGGGCUCCUACUCCCUGCCAGCCAGUGACUUCGACCUUCCCGACGUGGAGCUGCCUGCCUGGAUGACCAACGGCAACUACCGUGUCCGGGCUGUCGUCAGCAGCGGCGGGCAGGAGCUCGGCUGCGUCAAGCUGGCCUUCUCCCUGCAGUCCCAGUGAGGGGUGGGGACGUCCUUCCUCUCCCCACCGCCUUGGUCCCCUGUCCCAUCCCAUCCAGUUGCACCCCGUCUCGUCCCACCCUGUCCCUGUGAGGUGCAUCCCUCCCACUGCCAGGAGGAGGCAGCCCCCAUACCCUUGCUCGGUGUCCCCCUCCCCUGCUACACACAGAAAGGCCCCUCCAGCUGUCCCGCUGUCCCCAACCCCAUCACCAGGGUGUCCCCUGCCCUGGACAGGGUUGCUGUAGAGCUAACCUAGCCUUUUAGCAUUGCCUGGGGAGAGUUAUUUUUUACCUAGUUUCUCUUUUUUUUUUUUUUUUCUUAAUCCCAUCCUGGGAAUUUUAGACACAAACAUUCCAGUGAAAAGCAGUAUUUCUUGGAGCAGUCCUUGGGAAGGAGGGAGCGUUUGGGAGUGCUGGGGCAGGCUGGAGGGAUGCAGGAUUAGCUGCAGAGGGUGUCCCUGCUUGCCCCCGCCACCUCUGGCCAGAGCACAGGUCUGUUUUGCAGAAGUGUCCCCAAAGUGUCCUUCCAAUGGCAGCUCUGGGUCUGCCUUUGGUGCAUCCCUGUCCUGCAUGUGGGACCAGCUCGGCCAUACGAGGCACGGGUGAAGGCAUCUCCUCGUGUCCCUCCUGCAACAAACAUCACAAGCACAACAGGACUGAAAGCACCCAACCCCCCAACGGACGCUCCCUCUCACAAGGGACCAAGCAGCCGGUGCUUCUCCGAGCAGCAGGAGAGGUGGCCAGACACCAGACCAGCUGCGCUCGCUCCAGGGGGACACGCACCCAUGACGGGCAGCUGGGGCACAGCAUGGCCGAGGGCAAGUCCCACUCAUCUCAUUUUGCCACUGGGACUGAGACAAGGCAGGACGCUGCACUGGGACCAUCCUUCCAGUGCAUCGGCAGAGGCACCCUCACAGUGUGGGGCAGCAUCCCGGACAUGGGAUGGACUGGGAGAUGACCAUGAAGACCAGCUCCCUGGGUCCUAUCUGGGAGCCCUGGAGCCCAUCUCCUGGUUGUGGAUGGGGGCCACGGUGUGUCCGACAUCACCCCCUAUGCCAGGUCCCCGCAGGGCAGAGGUGCAGGUGACCCACCAGCCGCCCACGUCCCUCGCUGUCCCUCCCUGCUUGCAUUAUUUAGCUCCGCCGUAGGGCAGGUCUUCCUCCAAGCACUUUAUACGCCUUAACUACUGCCGGGCUGCCCUGGCGGGAGGUCCUCUGCCACGCAGAUGUGCUGCCACCGCCUUUCUGUGCCCUCGACUUGCUCCGUGUCAUCCUGCUGCUGGAUCCGACCUGGGUUUAUUUUGCCUGGAGAAGCGCUAACCCUCUCACCUCACUCCCCGCCGCCGCGCAGCGCCCGUGCCAGGGCGGCAUCCUCCUUUUGGGCAGCUACUGCAGGUUCUUAAUAAAUCUUUUUACCAGGAAACGGA